CCCUGUUUCAUGUAUAAAAUACCCUGAUGCUGAUCUGAGCAUUCAAGCAAACAAGCAUCAGGCAAGAUGAGUCUCAGUACUAAGGACAAGGACACAGUCACAGCCUUCUGGGGCAAAGUGUCUUGCAAGGCCGGAGACAUUGGCACCGAUGCUCUGUCCAGGAUGCUGGUAGUGUACCCGCAGACCAAGACCUACUUCUCCCACUGGAAGGAGUUGGGCCCUGGAUCUCCCCCGGUGCAGAAGCACGGAAUGACCGUGAUGAAGGGAGUUGGAGAGGCUGUGGCCAAAAUCGACGACCUGACUGCAGGUCUUCUGAACCUCAGUGAGCUGCAUGCCUUCACUCUGCGAGUCGACCCGGCCAACUUCAAGAUUCUGUCUCACAACAUCCUUGUGGUCUUUGCAAUCAUGUUCCCACACGACUUCACUCCUGAGGUCCAUGUGUCCAUGGACAAGUUCCUGGCUGCACUGGCUCGUGCCCUGUCUGAGAAGUACCGAUAAACUGCAAACAAGAACAGAUGACGGACAGCGGCCUGGGCUCUAAUACUCUCUGUCAGUCUGAAUAUGAAUAAAAUAUCAAAUGCAAUUAAA